UUUGAGGUCCGAAAAGGACCCCAAAAACAUCUACCGGAAGAUUUGGGUUUACACUGUUUAACACAACCACGAAGUCAAAAUUGGCUGUUGUAAAAAUUGAUAAAAUCAAAAAAAUUAAGAUUAGGGUUACGCAUAAGUUUAGCACUGUGGUUAAUCACUUUUGAAUCUUUAUUGUUUUACUUUGGGACUGUGGUAACUAGUGACGACCGAUUAUUUACUGUACAAAUUUAAACGUUAACGGAUUUCCAAUAAAAGAACUUGAGUGUGGAAGAUGAACAGCAUGUCCCCUGAGGUUGCACUGAACCGCAUCUCUCCUGAGCUGCGCCCCUUGUUGUGCAGUGUGGUGCGGAAUGGUCGAGUGGGCCUUGACUCCACCAACUGCCUGCGUGUCACAGACCUCAAGACUGGAUGCACGUCUCUGACUCCAGGGCCCUGUUGUGAUCGAUUCAAACUGCACAUCCCCUACGCUGGAGAAACCUUGAAAUGGGAUAUCAUCUUCAACGCACGGGAUCCAGAACUACCUCCAGAUUUCAUAUUUGGAGAGGAUGCAGAAUUCCUGCCAGAACCCUCUGAACUCCCACACCUGGUCCAGUGGGAUGCGGGGGACCCGGAGUGCCUGCUUCAGCUGGUGAAGGAGCUUAUCCAGCAGUACCACCAGUACCAGUGCCAGCGUCUGCGCGAGAGCUCCCGGCUGCUCUUCGAGUACGACAGCCUGCUCGAGGACCCCAACUACAGCCGCAGCAUGGAGAUCUACGCCGGGCACAAGAACAGCUGGACGGGGGAGUUCUCCGCUCGCUUCCUGCUCAAGCUCCCUGUGGACUUCAGCAACAUCCCUGUCUAUCUCCUCAAGGACACAACGUUGGACCCUGGGGAAGAUGUGGCUCUUCUCUCCGUCAGCUUUGAAGACGCAGAGGCCACCCAAGUGUUCCCUAAACUCUACCUGUCCCCCAGCAUUGAACAGUGCAGUAUGUCAUUCAAGGCUACCACAAGAGGAGAGAGUACAUUGCUGCCUUUCUCAGUCACUUUGGAAUGUGAGUCUGCGGGGGGUGGUGGAGUACGAUGCAGAGGGAUUCACCAAGCUCACUCUUCUCCUCAUGUGGAAAGACUUCUGUUUCCUUGUCCAUGUGGACCUCCCUCUGUACUUCCCGCGGGACCAGCCCACUCUGACUUUCCAGUCUGUGUACCACUUCACCAACAGUGGGCAGCUGUACUCGCAGGUGCAGAAGUCCUACCCUUACAGCCCCCGCUGGGACGGCAACGAGAUGGCCAAGCGAGCCAAAGCAUACUUCAAGAGCUUCAUCCCUCAGUUUCAGGAAGGGGCCUUUGCCACUGGGAAACUCUAGGACUGAAGUACAGCAGUGUGUUCGUGUGUGAGCAUGUGCGUGUGUGUUUGUGUGUGAAUGGACUGCAUGAUAGUGAUAAUGUGCUUACUGUACGGGUACUCUCUAACGCCACGUUGAGCAUUUCAUGCUUUUUCCUACACUGUCUGUUUUUCCAUUUUAUUAAGUUGUUUUUUCUCCUUUCUUAAAACUAGAGGGAAUGAAAGUACUGAAAAGCUGUUACUAAAAUGGUUUGGAGUAGUAGGUCAGAACCACUUGUUACAUCAACAGACAGAUGUGGGGCUUGCCCAGCCAAAGUGUUACAACUUCAAAGCAGACGUCACUUCUGAUCUUCAGAGUGUUUGUCAGAGAACUGGAAAAGGGCCCUUGAAGGGGAAUAACGGAACCCCUCUGACUUAUUGUUGGACUGUCUGUCAAAGUGUUCACCUUUAUCAGUCAGGGACAGUGAGGUAGAGCUAGAGCGAGAGCUACGUCACCAGCUGCUCAUUCACUGCAGCGCUAGAUAGAACUUUGAUGAAUAACGCGAAAAUAAUCAACUUUAGUUAACAGUGAUCAUACAAGAUUCGUGAAGGUUACUGCUCAAGCAGCAACACACGCACGAGGGGACUCCUCAUAAACACAAAACACUGGCAAUUUUCAAAAUAGCCUGCAUCAGACUUUAGCACAUAACCCAACAAAACACACCUUUAUCGUCAGAAGCGUCAUCAGACCUAGGUGGUAGCCUAUAUAAUUUCUCAUGUUCAAUGCUCUGUAAACCAAGCAGAAAAUGCUGUGCUCUAAAGAUGGAAUAGCCACGCAAAUACAUUCGAAGAUAAUAGUUGAUCUGAUCAGAAACACUGUUCUCACAACCUUUAUCUCCUAAAUGAUGUCGCUGGUGUAUUUUGUAAUAUAUUGCGCAGUAGGCUAUAAGUUUUUUUUAACCAGGCUCGAAUCCUUCCAGGCUGAAAACAUACAAGAAUACUUUUCCAUUUUAUAAAAUGAGCCUACAAUAUUACAUUCUCUUGCUUGCUCAAGGCAAAUCGCUUGCAUCAUUUAGUAAAUCAUUGUCAAUAAUCUACCGAUUUAGAAAAUGUAAAUGUGGGCUAAUAAUAAAUGUAAUAAUAGCAUAUUUGAUCUACCCCAAUGAAAAGUUUGAAAGUGAGCAUAAAUCACAUUUCGAUAGAUGCAUACAUCAGUACCUAGGCUAUCUAUUAUAUCUGCAACGGAAAUUAUUUUACAUGGAUAGGUUUGCUUUCAGCUGGCUGCUGUAGUGAAGUUACAAUUUAAUAAAACAUUUCUUCCAUAAAUGAGCCGUAUAGCCCAUAUGUGUCAUCCAAUGAAGUGGACGUUAUGUUGCACACUCACUAGUCUUUCCCUCUCAUUUUAGUAUAUAUAUUUGUAUAUAUAUUUUGCCGUAAUGAUCUGAUCACAUCAUGCAACAAUUGAUGUAGCCUACAGUCAGAGAUGGAAGAUGGGCAAUGUUAAUUGGCAGGUGGAAUGAUGUCCAAUGGGGUUGCAUGGUUAAAAGUGGGAGGCGGGAUCAGGUUGGCUCCUUUCAUCCUUGCUUGGCAGAGAUCUCAGAAAAGGUCAAAGGAUGAAUCUGCUACCCAAAUUGAUCACAGAAAAUGUUUAAGACAUUUCUCACAAUUGAUUGGGCUUCCCGAAUUUAGUAUAUUCGCUGUGACCAAAAGUUUAAUAUUUUUGUAGAUUUGUGUUAUUCCACAAAGUUCUAUCUAGCGCUGCAGUGAAUGGGGAGCUGCAUAACAUAGUUGUAGCGCUAUCUUGCUCUCCCUGAGUGAGAGAGGUGAGCACUCUGACAGACAAUUCAACAAUGGGUUAGAGGGGUUUAUUCCCCUUUAACUGUUUGACUGGAGCUCAAUGUGGGAAAGAUCAAGAUCAGCGGUUCAUCUUCAUUCAUAUCAAACAGUGGGGUGGGGCCAAACCUUGAUCUUACCAUUACCUGAUUCUACACUUGUCUUAAUCCUUGCCUUGAGAAGUCCUCCUUAGUGUUAUGUACAUUGGAGAAUACUGUAAAAACCUGUGAUCGUAUUUUGACUUACUACAUGACAGUUUUUACUGAAUUAUGUUUUUCUGUUAUAUUUUUGUUUCACCAACAUCUCAAUCAGUCAUUUUCCCAAUAAACCCUCAAAUCAUA